AAUACAUACCUCGUGAGGAGCGGGAAAAACGUCUCAGACAAUGGGCCAUCGAUUAUGGUGAGGACCCCGAUAAAUUUAUGACAAUAUACCGAGAUAGAAUAAUGUCCGAUGCAGAUAUAAUAGACUUUGCACGAGAUCAAAACCUCGAUCCAGAAGAAUUGAUGGAUAUGUCCAGACGUGAGCGGUUGAUAAGUGAAGAUAUAUAUCUACGUGAAUGGGAGGACGAGGGUAUCCCUCGAUCAUAUGUCUAUAAUGGGUAA